CCCAAAUCGAUGUUAUUCAUCCUUUCUCGCGCUGUAUCCGGCAUGCUCCAUAGGCCCUGCAUAACCACAACAACCAUUCGUCAGUCUCCUCUAUCGCCAUCUAUCGCGUCAAACCCGAACGGACUCCGCCUUAUUGGCCACGGCGACAGCUCCUUGUCCCCCUCGCUCGCUAAAGCCCCUACUUGCCUCCUUUCCACCCAAGCCCCGCUCGCCACGACACCUCCGUCGCUUGCCACAAAGGUUUCCCGAUGGAGCGCUUUCCCCUGAAUCUCUUCCUGCGGCCGUCGCACGGAAUCCGUCCCCGAGAGCCUCUGUGCCUUGCCAGCUUUGCCCGUUCGU